AUGGAUUCUCAAGAAAUUUUGCUUAAGAAUCUUGUUAUGAAGGUCAAACAAGAAUUGUUUUCACCCGAUGUUGAUCUUGUUUCUCUUGUUCCUCCUUCUCCUUAUGACAUUGCGUGGCUGUCGAUGAUUCCGAAUCCUCAUCGAGGAUCGGAUGAACCCUUGUUCAAGGGAUGCUUGGAUUGGGUUCUCCAACACCAAACCACAAGAGGCUUUUGGGGAGAUAAUGACCAUUUUCCAACCCUGGAGUCCCUCACUUCAACUCUUGCUUGCAUUGUUGCACUUGCCACAUGGGAUGUUGGCCAUGAUGCCGCUCAGAAAGGGCUGGCAUUCAUCCAUGCAAGUACAGAGAAGCUACUGGAAGAGCAAAACAAUUCUUUUCCUGAGUGGUUUGUGAUUGUUUUCCCAGCAAUGGUGGAGCUUGCAGAGAACAAAGGACUGCAUGUUCAUUUUUCUCCUGGUUCAACAGCGCUGGUAGAACAAGUCUUCCAAAAGAGAUCAAAAAUAUUCCAAAUGCAUAGGCUGGUGCCAAUUAGUGAUCAGCAACAGUAUUGUUCACUAGAACUCAUGCAAUACCUGGAAGCUUUGCCUGAAGCAUAUGAUAUUAACCUCAAUGAGACUCUACUGCUAUGCCAAAGCGAGGAAGAUGGGCUGUUAAUCCAAUCCCCAUCAGCUAUUGCAUAUGCUUUUAUGAAGACAGGGCGUAAAGAAUUUUUGUCCAAAUUGAAUUCUAUUGUCCGAAGAUGUGGGUUCUCAGUUCCUGCGAUCUACCCCAUGGAUGAAGACAUUCUAAGGGUUUGUCUUGUUAAUCGGAUUGAGAGGCUGGGACUGGCAGAGCAUUUCAUGGUGGAGAUAACAAGGAAGUUCUGCUGGUUCCUUCGUGAUGAAGAUAUAAUGGUGUACAUAGAAGAGCACCAUGAAAUUUUUCUGAGUGCCAUAUAUAAUGUAUACAGGGCAACUGAUGUGACCUUUACAGGAGAAAGUCAGCUUGAGGAUGUUAAAAAAUUCUGUAAAAGAAUACUAGAAAAGGAUACAUUAAAAGAUUCUAAGAAUUUGCACGACCAGAUUAAGCAUGAAAUUAGUAUUCCAUGGCUUGCUCGGUUGGAUCAUCUGGAGCACAGGAAGUUCAUUGAGAUGAAAGAGCCUGUUGGUCCAUGGAUAGGAAAAGGCUUAUCCUGCAGAUUAUCAUGUCAAACCAAUGCCAUGCUACUACAACUUGCCAUGGAGAAUUACACACUACGGCAGUCCAUGUUCAGAAAUGAAUUAAGGGAAUUAGAAAGGUGGUCAAAGGACAUCGGUCUUGUUGACAUGGGGUUUGCUCGACAGAAAACCGCGUACUGUUAUUUUGCCGUUGCUUCAACAGCAUCACAUUCUUCCCUGUCAUAUGUACGGCUCGCAGUUGUGAAAGCUGCAGUCCUUGUUACAGUUGCUGAUGAUUUUUUUGACAAGGAAGGUUCGAUGAAUGAAUUGGAAGCUCUUGCCAAUGCCGUCGCUAGAUGGCAGGAAAAAGAACUGGAUGGACAUGGAAAAGCUAUAUUCAAGGCUCUAAAAGACUUUGUUGAUGACAUUUCUUGGCAAUUCUUCAAACAAAAUGGAUAUGAUAUAAAGAGUUAUCUUCAGGAUCUAUGGCAUCAAACAUUUGUAAGCUGGUUAAAGGAAGCAGAAUGGAGUAGAAAUGGGCAUCCCUUGUCAAUUGUUGAGUACCUCCAAGUAGCCAAAAGCUCUAUUGCUUCACAUACUAUUCUUCUUACAGCUGCUCUUCUGCUUAAUACACCUCCAAAAUCAGAGACCCUCAAGUCCCCUCAAAGUCAUCCACUUACAAAUUCACUUAUGCUUUUGACACGGCUAUUGAACGAAAUUCAAAGCUAUCAGAAGGAGCAAGAGGAGGGGAAGCCAAACCUUGUUCUGCUACACAUGAAGGGAAAUCCCAAAUUGGGGGCUGAAGAGUCAAUUGGGAUUAUACAGAAGAUAUUGGAUGAAAAGAAGAAGGAGUUUCUAGAACAGGCUCUGGGGAAUAAGGGCAUCAACGGUGAUGAUAUGCCAGAGGCAUGCAAAGAACUCCACCUCUCCUGCCUCAAAGCCUUUCAGAUGUUUUUCAAUUCAACAAAUGUAUAUGACUCCCCAACAGAAUUGCUUGCUGACAUCAACAAAGCAAUUUAUGAUCCCUUGAAAAUGGAUGCACAAGGAAUAUUAAAGAAGGAUAAAACUAAAAGCUUGGCUAGCUAUGGAAAAUCCCAGACUACUUGUGUACUGAAAGUCCAAGGGAACUCAAAGAAAGAAUUUGUGGCCAAACCUUACUUUGGAUAUGAGGUAUUGGCACUUCAGCUGAGAAAACCAACUAUUUUUUCGACAUUCCAGAAUUCCAAGGUUUGCAUCUAUUCCGGCUACUGGGGUUAA